CUCACAGAGAGUCAUAAGUCAUACCUAAAACCAUCAUCAUCAUUAUCAUUUUCAAAAGCAGCUUGAUCAGCUCAUUCACUAUAAAUUUCCUUUCUUUGCUCUCUUCAACUCAUCAUCAUUAUAAUCUUAGAGAGAGAGAGAGAGAGAGAGAGAUGGGUACCACAGUAAUGCAUGGAGAAGAGGAUGCUAAUUAUAGAGUCCCAAAGCAAGAACCUCUCCACGUUCAAAAGGAAGACCUUGAUGCUGGUGCUCUUUUUGUCCUCAAAUCCAAAGGAUCAUGGAUGCAUUGUGGAUACCACUUGACAACAUCAAUAGUAGCACCACCACUACUCAGUCUGCCAUAUGCCUUGACAUUUCUUGGAUGGGUUGGUGGAAUUUCAUGCUUGAUUAUUGGAGCUUUGGUCACUUUCUAUUCGUACAAUUUGUUGUCUCUUGUUCUUGAACACCAUGCUCAUUUGGGUCAUCGCCAACUUCGCUUUAGGGACAUGGCUAAUCACAUCUUGGGGCCAAGAUGGGGCAGGUAUUAUGUGGGCCCAAUUCAAUUCACAGUGUGUUUUGGUGCUGUUGUUGCUUCCACACUUCUUGGAGGCCAAUGCAUGAAGGCAAUUUACUUGCUAUCAAACCCUAAUGGGACUAUGAAGCUUUAUGAGUUUGUCUUAAUAUUUGGAUGCCUAAUGUUAAUACUAGCUCAAAUCCCAUCUUUUCAUUCCCUGCGGCACAUCAAUUUGGUGUCUUUGCUUCUUUGCCUAGCUUAUAGUGCCUGUGCCACUGCCAGUUCGGUUCAUAUCGGAAAUUCGUCGAAAGAACUUAAGGAUUAUUCUCUAAAUGGAGACACCCAAGAUCGAGUUUUUGGUAUCUUUAAUGCCAUUGCCAUAAUUGCCACAACAUAUGGCAAUGGGAUCAUCCCAGAAAUUCAGGCAACCAUAGCAGAACCUGUGAAAGGGAAGAUGUUCAAGGGAUUGUGUGUAUGUUAUGCUGUAGUUGCAGUGACAUUCUUUAGUGUUGCAAUUUCUGGGUAUUGGGCUUUUGGUAACCGAGCUGAAGGUCUAAUCCUUAGCAACUUUGUAAGUAAUGGGAAGCCUUUGGUGCCUAAAUGGUUUGUUUUGAUGACAAAUAUCUUCACUAUUCUCCAACUAUCAGCAGUUGCUGUGGUUUACUUGCAGCCUACAAAUGAAGCGCUGGAACGAACAUUUGCAGACCCCAAAAGCAAGGAAUUCUCUGCUCGUAACGUUAUCCCGAGGUUUGUCUCAAGGUCAUUGUCUGUGAUCAUAGCAACUACAAUAGCAGCAAUGCUUCCAUUUUUUGGAGACAUCAAUUCAUUGAUUGGAGCUUUCGGUUUCAUGCCUCUAGACUUUAUCUUGCCUGUUGUUUUCUUCAACUUGACAUUUAAGCCAUCAAAGAAGAGCUAUAUUUUCUGGUUGAAUACAAGCAUUGCAGUAGUUUUCUCAGCUUUGGGGGUUAUAGCGGCAAUUGCAGCAGUCAGACAAAUUAGUCUCGACGCCAAAACUUAUCGGUUAUUUGCUAAUGUUUGAUCACAUCAGAUGGUAGCGGUAGAAGCUAGUGUGUAUGAUUUAGUGCUUCAGGGAACCUUUGCAAUUGCAAAUGAAACUCUAAUCUUAUCCUGAGGUCA